UGGAUCUCCAAGUUUCUUAUAAUUUUUAGCAGCGAAUAGGUUUUGGAUAUUAACUACCUUCUGAAGUACAUGAAAUACAGAAAUAAUCUACAUGUAAAGUUCCAGCUAUGGCUGAUGUAUCAGUAGAAAUAGUGUCAUCCAAUCGUGAAUCUCCUAAACAUGUGCUUUCUCUCGGCCGAAAAGUUGCGUACAGUUUUGGCCAUGUACUCAAUGACUUAUGUGCGUCAAUGUGGUUUACAUAUUUACUCAUAUUUCAACAUGCUGUGCUGAAGUUUAAUAAUAUCACUACCGGCAACCUACUGUUAUUAGGCCAAGUUGCUGAUGCAGUGUCUACACCAUUUGUUGGUUUUGAAUCUGAUAAACCAAAUAACUUAUGGUUAUGUAAAUAUGGUAGGAGAAAAGCAUGGCAUUUAGUAGGAACCAUAUGCGUUAUAGCUACUUUUCCAUUUUUAUUUAUGCAAUGUGUAUCAUGUGAGAAUUCAUCAGAAAAUGCACAGUUCCUCUACUUUGGAGCAUUUAUUGUGAUAUUUCAGUUUGGUUGGGCCUCUGUUCAAGUAUCUCAUCUAUCACUUAUUCCUGAUCUUACUCCAGUUUCAUCGGAGCGUGUAGAGCUUAAUUCUUUGAGAAAUGCCAUGACAGGGAUGUCCAAUAUAUGCGCGUACAGUACAAUGUGGGCCAUCUUAGGAUUAACCAGUGGUGCAGAAAAAAGGAUAGGUCCUCAAGAUCUACAUGUUUUUAAACAUGUCGCUCUUUCUAUGGUUGGCAUUGGUGCACUAUUUUCAUUGACUUUUCACGUAUUUGUUAAAGAAAGAGAUCAUGAAUUGUUUUCUGAGAGGCAGGAAUUCAUCAUAAACCAAGCGAGUGAGAGCUAUGAAAAACCUCAUCUAACGUGGAAAGAUUGGUUUUCUCAGCCGCAAUUUUACAUGAUAGCCUUAUUAUACAUGGCUACAAGAUUAUAUGUUAAUCUUUCCCAAGUUUACAUUCCUCCAUAUAUACAAGACAGUCUGGAGUUGCACAAGGACAAAGUUGCAAUAAUUCCACUUGUGAUAUAUGUCAGUGGAUUUAUUUCUUCAUUUUUUAUGAAAUUUUUAAAUGGCCUUUUAGGGAAGAAGGUUACAUAUUUUUUGGGGAGUUCCUUAGCAAUGUCAUCAUGCAUUUGGAUAUUUUAUGGUGCUGGUGAACAAUUUUGUACUUAUGAGAUUUAUGGUGUAGCUGCGCUCAUUGGUGUUGCUGGUUCAACCCUUUUGAUAAUUUCUCUUUCAAUUACUUCAGAUCUUAUUGCAAAUAGCACAACAAGCUCUGCUUUUGUUUUUGGAUGUAUGAGCUUCGUUGAUAAACUUUCAAAUGGCGUUGCUCUUGUUAUCAUUCAAGAUGUCCAUCCAUGCAUAUCAUGUUGUGAUGACUGCAAAUGGUAUUAUAAGUAUGUUCUAGUCUUUGCUUGUGGUGGGGCCGUUAUACUUGGCUUAGUUGCAUUGGGUUUCUUGCUUACACAAUCUAUUGGAGUGAGAAGGAAUGAAGAACAAUUGCACAGGAAUUCAAUCAUCAGAAAUAACAGGAGAUGGAGUGAAAGUGUAUCAAAAGUUAAAGAAUCAAAACCUCUGCUUCAUAAUGAUGAUUCUGAUGGCUUGGAAACAUAGGGGAACUUGAACUUAUGUUUAAAAUGCUUUUCAGCUAAGUAGUUAAGCGAUUUAGGUAUGAACUAAAAUG